AUGGGUCAAACCCAGAAUGUCGAAGAAGGUGCCCCGCCCAUCACUCCGCCCGAAGUUGAGGUAAACCGCCGGCGAAAGGACUACCUGCACAAACUCGGGAUCCAAAAAGACCAUGAGAAGUUUGCCGGCUACACGCCUCCGGUUCCGCCUAUUAUGACUGCAGAGGCACCGGACAGGCUUGAACACACGGGUGAAAAGGGCGAGGGCGAGGAUUUUGAAAUGAAUGCCAUCGAUGUAAACAGUCGAGAUGACUUCCGGGUGAACUACCUCCGCCGGCUGUCGCACCGGCAGGUUUGGGUACCGCAGGCGCAGAAGCCGAAGCAGCAUCAGACAGUAAUCAUCUUCGACUGGGAUGACACGCUCUUGUGCACAUCUUUUCUCAACCUCCGCCAGGAGCAUGGCCUCUCGCACGCAGUUGAGAGAUGCUUAAAAGAAAUCGAAGCAGCAUCAAAGAAGCUUGUGCAAUUGGCACAGCGCAUGGGCCGCACUUUCAUCAUCACAAACGCGAUGAGCGGCUGGGUUGAAUACAGCGCGGCGAAGUGGGCGCCUGGGAUGCUGGAUGCACUGCAGAAAGUUCCAGUGAUUUCCGCGCGUACUAAAUUCGAGGGCGAAUUUCCUGGAGAG